AUGCGGGGAGGUUUCUUAAUCCAUCUAAUUCCCCCCCUCACUUCUCAGUCUCUAUCUCUCUCAACCAUAAGAAAGAUGCUGACAACGCCCAUUUCGCUUCACAACCGAAAAGACCUCUUCGUCAUCGAGCAAACUGACUUUUUAUUUAACCGAACCACGAAUGCACAAACGUGGAUAAAUCCGAAUAUCUAUCUAUCUAUCUAUCUAUCUAUCUAUGAAUUUCUCUUUGUUCUGCUAUCUAUCUAUCUAUCUAUCUAUGAAUUUCUCUUUGUUCUGCUAUCUAUCUAUCUAUCUAUCUAUCUAUCUAUGAAUUUCUCUUUGUUCUGCUAUCUAUCUAUUUAUCUAUCUAUCUAUGAAUUUCUCUUUGUUCUGCUAUCUAUCUAUCUAUCUAUCUUUGUUCAUUAUCUAUCUAUCUAUCUAUCUAUCUUUGUUCAUUAUCUAUCUCUCUAUCUUACUUCAUCUUUCAUUAUUCUUUUAAUCUAUAUCUAUUACUUCAUAUCUAUCUAUCUAUCUGUUUCUUCAUAUCUAUCUAUCUAUCUAUUUCAUAUCUAUCUAUCUAUCUAUAUCUAUCUGUUAUAUAUCUAUCUAUUGUUAUCAUAUCUAUCUAUCUAUCCAAUAAAAUCAUAUCUCAUGUUACUUCAUAAAAAUCUAUCUAUCUGUUACUUCAUAAUAUAUAUCUAUCUAUCUCUCUUUUUUCAUAUCUAUCUAUCUAUCUAUCUAUAUUUCUAUAUCUAUCUGUCUGUUACUCACAUAAUCUAUCUAUCUAUCUAUCUAUCUAUCUAUCUGUUACUUCUAUCUAUCUAUCUAUCUGUUAUUUUAUCUUCUAUCUAUCUAUCUAUCUAUCUGUCUGUUACUUCAUAUCUAUCUAUCUAUCUAUCUAUCUAUCUGUCUGUUACUUCAUAUCUAUCUAUCUAUCUAUCUAUCUGUUUGUUACUUCAUAUCUAUCUAUCUAUCUAUCUAUCUAUCUGUUACUUCAUAUCUAUCUAUCUAUCUGUUACUUCAUAUCUAUCUAUCUAUCUAUCUAUCUAUCUGUCUGUUACUUCAUAUCUAUCUAUCUAUCUAUCUAUCUAUCUAUCUAUCUAUCUAUCUAUCUAUCAUCUAUUUAUCUAUCUAUCUAUCUAUCUAUCUAUCUAUAUCUAUCUAUCUAUCUAUCUGUUACUUAUAUCUAUCUAUCUAUCUAUCUAUCUGUUACUUCAUAUCUAUCUAUCUAUCUAUGUUAUCUGUUACAAUAUUAUCUAUCUAUCUAUCUAUCUGUUAAUCUAUCUAUCUAUCUAUCUAUCUAUCAUGUUAUCAUAUCUAUCUAUCUAUCUAUCUAUCUGUUACUUCAUAUCUAUCAUCUAUCUGGAAUCUAUCUGUUUAUUCUGUUCUAUCUAUCUCAUUCAUCUAUCGUAA